GUUCAGAUUCUCUGCAGCUCAGACUGAGUGUUAUUUGAAUCAUCGACUCUGAUCUUCCUUCUCUCAGACAGGAGGAAGAGGAGGAGGUGGAGGAAGAGGAGGAUGUGCUGCUGCUUCUCUUCAGUCUCAGAAAAUGUAUACCGGCUUGUGUCUGCUUCAGCUUCGACGCUGAAAUUUGCACUGAAGGAAAGAAGAAAAUCUGAUGAGAAUGAAGAGCUUCUGUUUGAGAGAGAAGAAAAAGUCUGAAAGAAAAAAUCAGUUUGGAAGCAGCUUCAACUUUUGACAAAGUCUGGAAACAGCGAUCUAUGUUUUAAUCAAGGAAUGAAGUUUGAAAGCCAUCUGCAUUUUUAGCGGUUAGCAGUCUCACAGCCUCAGGGAAGAAGCUGCUCUGUAGUCUGCGGCAGCAGAUACUCUGGUAUGUGUUGUCAGACGGCAGCAGAUACUCCGGUAUGUGUUGUAUGUUGAUUUCCAGGAACCUAAAACUGUAAACAGGAAGUGUCCUAAAAUAAACAGUCAGCUGCUGGGUGUUCCUGACGUUGAGCAACAGGUGUUUUUUUUGUUGAUUUCCUCCCAAUAUGAAGUCUCAUUGUGGUUUGAAAUCCGUCUGAUGAUGGAGGUGAGUUGACUCCAUGUCAGCGAAUGCAGUCAUCAGGGCUCCCACUCUUUGUAAGAAAUAAUUUUCCACUUCUGAUAAACCCACUGUAUCUUUUUAAUUGUAUUGAAUGCUGAGCUGAAAUCAACAAACAGCAUUCUAAAGUCAGAAUGUGUGAAAACUGAGUGGAGAUCCUCUGUGGGUCUGUUGGUUCUUAUUGCAAACUGGUGAGGAAGUCUGGAAUCAGUCUAGGUUUUAAUUGAAAUAAGAUGAAGUUUGGAAACAGUCUUUGCACACUGAAUGUCGGUGGUCGUAGGUUUUCUUUCUCAGCAGAGCUGAUGAAGCGCCUCCCUCUCAGCAGACUUAGCCGGCUGCAUCGCUGCGUGUCAGAAAGCGAGCUGCUGGAGCUCUGCGAUGACUACGACCGUGACAGGAACGAGUUUUUUUUUGACCGGCACUCGGAGGCCUUCAGUUUCAUAAUGCUGUAUGUGCAGCAUGGGAAGCUGCGUUUUGUGCCGCACAUGUGCGAGUUGUCCUUCUAUAAUGAGAUGCUGUACUGGGGCCUGGAGAGUGCCGACCUGCAGCCGUGCUGCCAGCGACGCCUCGAUGACCGCAUGUCCGACUGCUUCGUCCACUUCUUCCCCGAGGAGGAGCCACGGGGCCACGAGGAGCCCCAGAGCCGCUGGCUAGAGAGGAUGAGGAGGACGUUCGAGGAGCCCACAUCUUCGCUUGCGGCGCAAAUCCUUGCCUCGGUGUCAGUGCUGUUUGUGGUCAUCUCCAUGGUGAUGCUGUGUGCCAGCACCUUACCGGACUGGAAGACCGCCGAGACCCUGGACCAGCACAGGAUCAUUGAGGCGGUGUGUAUCGGUUGGUUCACAACAGAGUGUAUCAUCCGUUUCCUUGUGUCUCGGGAUAAAUGUGAGUUUGUCUGUCGUCCUCUGAACAUCAUCGACCUGCUGGCCAUCACUCCAUACUACGUCUCCGUUACCGUGACGAUCCUGACGGGGGAGAACUCGCAGCUGCAGCGGGCUGGUGUCACACUGCGAGUCCUGCGCAUUAUGCGAAUCUUCUGGGUGAUUAAGUUGGCGCGUCACUUCCUCGGUCUACAGACGCUGGGCCUGACGCUACGGCGCUGCUACCGCGAGAUGAUGAUGCUACUGAUCUUUAUCUGCGUUGCUAUGGCGAUCUUCAGUGCACUGGCCCAGCUGCUGGAGCAUGGCCUGGACCUGGAGGCAGGAAACCAGGACUAUGCCAGCAUCCCCGCUGCCUGCUGGUGGGUCAUCAUCUCCAUGACAACAGUGGGGUACGGAGACAUGUAUCCAGUGACAGUGGCGGGCCGCGUGCUGGGUGGCCUUUGUGUAGUGAGCGGCAUCGUGCUACUGGCACUGCCCAUUACCUUCAUCUACCACAGCUUUGUCCAGUGCUACCACGAGCUGAAGGUGCGCUCUGCCCGCUGCACCCAUAGCCUGUCCGCCGAGUUCAUCAACUGAUGUCACUGCCAAGGACAGGGGCCAGAAGAGUCCUUGGAAAACUUCUCACACCUUUUCACCUUCAAUAUAAUCAAUCUACAUUAUUGUCAGUAAUGUUUCAGGUCCAUCAGUUAUUAAUAAUUUCCCUGAAGAAGAUCACAAAAUAAGUAUAUAAUAUAACAAAUAUGAAUUUGUUGUAAACCUUUGUGUUUGUUGAAUUGUUUGAAAUCAACAAGUAAAAUUAUCUGAACACAAGGUUUUCCAUCAACUAUCACAAUGAUCUUUGACCUGCGCAGACAGACUUAAAGAUCCUUCUGGAGUGCUGUCUUAGUCCAUGUGAACCCCUUCAGGUCUGAUCCUGAUCUCAGAAAUACUUUCUGCGCCCUCAGGACCAACUCUUCUGUGGACUGUCAGGGAUUAUACCAGUUGUCUGUGGUAUAACGAACUGUUGGGACCGGCUGGAUACCGUCCACGGUUUCCAUGGCAACUGUAGACUCAGAGACAGGAAGUUGAAGUGUUGGAAACAUUUGGUUUUGAAUGUCAUGACGGUGGAGUUGCUGAAGUGUGAAUAAUCUCACUGAAGACAUUAUUUCUUCUUCUUUGGUGUGAAAUACUGCAGGGUUCAAACCAAAGCACAACUGCACAGACUGUCCCUUUAACCAGUCUCACUAUUUAUCUACUCUGUCUCACAGAGCACUUUAUCUCUGAAAUAUUGUUCAUUUCUUCAUUAAAGGACCAGGUUGUGUU